AUGCCACUCAAGGCCCUCCCGCCACAACCACCCCAGCAGCUACCACUCAACCCACACCGCCUCCUCCCGUGUAUCAUGUCUACUGCCAAGUUACUGUGUAUGGAUGUUGUCCCGACAAUCAAACGGCGGCAAGUGGGCCGAACCAGUACGGAUGUGCAUCACAGCCUCAGCCUCAGCCACCACCACAACCGAAUCCAAUACCACCAUCACAGCCCCUGCCACAACCGCAGCCGCUACCGAAACCACCAACUCAACCACAGCCGAAGCCUCAACCACCAUCUCAGCCGAAGCCGCAGCCACAGCCACAGCCGCAACCAAAACCACCAACUCAGCCACAACCACAGCCACAACCACAAUCUCAGCCGCAGCCACAGCCACAGCCUCAACCACCACCCCAGCCGCAGCCACAGCCACAGCCGCAACCGAAACCACCAACUCAGCCGCAGCCAAAGCCUCAACCACCAUCUCAGCCGCAGCCGCAGCCACAGCCACAGCCUCAACCACCAUCACAGCCACAGCCUCAACCACCUUCCCAGCUGCAGCCACAGCCUCAACCACCUUCCCAGCCGCAGCCACAGCCUCAACCACCAUCACAGCCGCAGCCACAGCCUCAACCACCAUCACAGCCGCAGCCGCAGCCACAGCCUCAACCACCUUCCCAGCUGCAGCCACAGCCACAGCCACAACCGAAACCACCAGCUCAGCCACAGCCACAGCCACAGCCACAGCCUCAACCACCUUCCCAGCCGCAGCCGAAGCCGCAGCCACAACCGCACCCUCCCCUACUGCCGCAACCACAGCCUACAGUCAAACCUACAAGACCGCUUGGACCUACGUUUCCUACAGGUACAUGGAGAGAUAAAGUAUUAAAAAUACCCAGAAUGAAAAAGGGUUGGUUUGGUAGCACUCUUGGGUUUGAUUUUGAUUUGAGUUUUAUUUCGCUAAAGGCAAUCAACUUACUGUGAUUCAUGUGUGGAAUGUUUUCGGCCAAGGUGCGCCACCAAAUAAAACUUCAAUUCAUUUCCCGACAAUUAACCAAAGAAACUCCUUUUUAUUUUCUGAAUACCAGCAUUUACCAAAGACGCUUGUGCAUCGCUGUUGUUGGGACAGGUUUGGUACGAACAAUUGACUCAUAAAUCCCUCGUUUACCUAAGGCAAUUAAGCAAGGAGAUCGUGGAAGGGGUAAGUGGUAGUUUAAUUAGUCGGUAUACAACAAUGGUAUUUGUAAUUUCUGUGUCGCAUCUCUGUCCCCCUACUUUACUUAAACCUGACUGGCACGCUAACAUUGUGUCUUAGCUGUCAGCUAAAUAUAUGGCGUAACUAAAAGUGCUGAAAAGAAAGGAACAAUUGGAAGACCAUUUGCAAAAAAUGUUUGAGACAUGAGGUUGGGAAAACAGGGACAAAAGUAAAGUGUUUCAGUCAGGCGAACAACGAAUGCACCGUCCUCAGUAUACCUCCUUUUGUGGUCUGCCAUGGCCGAAGUCACCGGAGCCAUAUAUGUUUCUAUAAAGGAUUGUAGUUCACCUUUUCCCUUCGAGAAGUUUAGAAAAGUGAUCCUGAAUUUUGGUCGAAAAUAACUUUCACGUCAUUAUCUACCAGCAUCUUUAUCCCAAUCAUCGUCAUAUUCAUCGUCAACAACGAUAGUCAUCAUGCAGAAGAUCUUCAUUACCCAGUCUCUUAAACAUCCUUAUAUAUAAUUAAAAAAUUCCACUCUGUAUCUGUGUAUAUAGUGUUCCUAAAGAUAUAGGUUACUGGUGAAAAAUAUUUUUUAAAUAGUUUACUACGUUUACAAUUACUUUGCAGCUCAACAGUAUCUACAAAGGAGUUCAUCCAGACUUUGUUUCAGCUCGUCUGACUGGAAUCCGGUAUGGAAUCCACAUACUGACUAUAACGACUAUGACUGAUUAGUUAGCCACAGCAGAAAAUUAUAAUACGACUACACCUGCUAGUAAAAAAUAAAGGUAUCGAGGAAAAUAAGUGAAAUUGUAACGUAUUGAACUUUCUUGACGAAUAAAUGCAACACUGAUAUAGUUUUCAUGUAACAAAGUAUCGCUCGAAUAGGACACAUCGCAUUAUUUCUUGAAAUUGCAAAAGCCUCCAAAAUAAUUUUAAGAGUACAAAUUUUAUCAUUUGUUUAUGUUGAAUGGUAUUUUUUGCAGGAAAGCAAAGAAUCCUUACGUGCUAAAAGGUCCUUAUAUCAUCAACAUUUACUUCAUCGUUUCGUUCCGCAAACCGGUUGCUGAUCCACUUGCUACGUUAAGAGACCAUUUGGUAUCCAAGAAAAUGGUCAAAAAACGACAAGUCAUUCCUCAAUCUUUACACUUGAUUGGUAAGGACGAUAAUUUAUUUUUGCUAGUGUAACAAAAGUUCGGUGCUAAUUUGCCUGGGGAUGCUCAACCUGAAAGAAGUUUUUUCUUCUUACCCCAGUUGGCAAAAGGUUAACAAUAAAGUAGAGUCAGUAUUAGAAGAAAUGCACAGCAGUAGCGUGGAGGGACGUUCCAGUGGCUCUUUCAUAGAAACCACUUGUGCCUUGUACAGUCACCCUGCAUUCAUCAAAAGAUAGUUUAAAAAUCCAUAUCACGCCAACGCUUCAAAGGCGAGAAACAAAGAGACUAAGCCACGAGAGCCGAAAGAAGUGGGAGAGGACAGGGGAUGGUAUCCUGUAAGAAUAGGGGGGUGGGGGAGAGGGAAGUGGAUGAGGGAGAAGCGGGAGGUGGGAGAAAUAGAAGGAAAUUACGCAACAAUGCUUAAUAUUUCGCAAUUGGAAGCAAAGAAAACAGGGGCGCUGCACAAAGGGAUCGCAAAACUCAAACUGCGGUAUUCGUAUGCAUUGGCAUGAAGGUGCAAAAUGCCACUGGUACCCGUAUGCACCAAUGCAUCGUUAGCACGUUCCUCAGAGCAAGUUAAUGGGAAACUUAUCUCGCUUUAUCAUCUGUUAUUACUCCUUACUUGUUUCUUUUUAUCUCUUAGUUCCUUACGACGCAAAGACCAAUAAAUGUCCACCAAAGGGUUACAAGCCAGCUCCUUUACCAAAGCCUGUCCAUCCUCCAGUGGUCCCACCUCGGCCCACGAAAGUGCCGCAAGUUGGUCCGCCUGUGGCAGCCCUCCUAGCUCUGCACUUGCCCUUUGAUCGCUAUUCGGGCAUACACGUGUUAGAUACUUCCAAACACGCAAACAACGGUAUACUUAACAACGUGGACGUAUCGCGAUUACCUCAGGCCUGUGGCUUGGCUGGAAUAUUUUCCUCUGGCAAUGUGUCGUUUAACGGCAAGAAAUUCUUUCCAAAGCCCAGCGUCGCGGUGACCAUUGCUGUGUGGGUAAAACUGGCCUCAACAAAGGGACGACAGUCAUUAUUUGAUACGGUCACUACUCCUGGGAAGCCAGGAAACUAUCAUUUUGAGCUAAUCGAUGGAAAAGUGAGGUGGUUUGCACGGGGCUUAGACGAAAGUGUGAUAUUUAAUGUGACUACGGAUCGUGUGGUGGUGCCACCAAAUCAGUGGACACAUCUAGUUGGAACAUAUGAUAAUAAAGAAGGUCAGCCUUUAUUAAACAUGCGUCAACAGCGUCAUUUUCUGUAGUUUUUUUUUUCUUAGUAUUCAAAAUUAUCAUUGUAAAAGAAAUUAUUUUUUACAAAGUGCAGCCUACAAUCUACGAUUUUCUUAAUAUUUCUCUUAGACAGUCGUCAUUUUAGGCACUCAAAAUACCAAAAAACCACGAGGAUAACACUAACCUAAACUUGGUUUAAUCCCUGGUAGUCCAGUUUUUCUUGUAGGGGAAUUUCCUUAAACUUAUUUUACACUGCGCAUUCUAUCUCUUUUUCAGUUUUCAAGUGAUUCACUCAGAGUUAAGAUUUUUUCGUAUACCUCCUCCCCCCGCCCAACCAAAAAAAAAUCAUACCAUUGGUCAACUUUAUGGUUAUUUUCGGGAUACAAGACAGACAACAAAAGUGUCAUAUUUUUCUUUCCAUUUCUAGGAUUAGCGAAGGUAUACGUCAAUACACAGCUGGCAAGUAAAGGGAAAGGUUCUGGACUAUUGCCGCAGGACUGGAGCGAGGCAGUAGGAAUAGGAAGUCACAAGGGUCAGAGGUUCCUUGUUGGAGCACUGGAUGAAGUAUAUAUUUACACGUCAGCUUUGACUCAAAACCAAAUACGAGAACUAGCUUGUAUAUGCGAGGACAGCACAGGUAAUCGAGACUUAUCUCACUUGUUUUCCACACCGGGUUCGCGGGGAGUUUUCUCUGAUCUAAUUCGCCAUUUUCACAUCUCCCAUAAUACAGCCUUGUUCGCCCCCCCCCCCCCCCCCAUAAGUAUUGUCAUUUAUUUCUCUAGAGACCCAGUAGAAAUAAAAGAACAAAGGUUAUGCAAAGUUUUGGGAGGCAAACAAGGUGUAUUAGCUUGUAUUAUUGGAGAUGUGCAAAUUAUGGCUCUCGCGGUGUCCCAACUCUUCUGCGAAUUUUCCCGCGUCGGCAUCAUUAUAACGCCUGCAAGCCAAUCGGAUUGCGGUAAUUCGUAGCAAACAUGAUGGCGGCGGCGGCGGCAGUCAGUUGUUUUGAGGUAAAGAUACUUGAAAUCUGUUGCGUUUCUCUCCUAUGAUUUUUUUACAUAGUAAUCGCUAGCUAUUAUUGUAUAACCAUUGCUAUUUUUAGGAAUGAAUAUUGAGAAUUUUGAGAAAGAUGACGGCUUUCAAGGCAUGAGAGAGAGUAGACAGCUGUUUAGACAGCUGUUUAGCUCAUGAAGUUCCAUGUGAUUUCUCUACUUUUGGAGUUCCUAUUUUAGCGUGACUAUUUUAAGUUGAUGACAUUUAUAUCUGUUUUUAUUAUUGAAGUGGCAGAUUACCAAGUUUAAUUCACAGAUCUGGUUCUUGCAUGCAUAAUCAAAGCUAGAAUUAAUUGGCCCACUGUCACGCCACCAAUUCUUGCCAUACUGGCACAUGUACUAUGUGGUUUGAGUCUUAUUCGAUAUUUGCUUUUUUGUUUAGGUGUGCAUAUACCCAAGCCAGGAUCAUGGCCAGAAUGUAUGCGAGGGAAUUAUGGGACAAUAGCAACUAGCAAACCAACUCCAUUUCCAACAACCAAACAACCAUGUGUACCUUGUGUCAUUCCCCCAAACUGUCCUGUUCCACAGCCAUGCCCAACACAGUGUCCAGCACCAUGCCCCCCAGUGACUACUACCCUAGCAACAACAGCAUCGCCAGUUACAACAGUAACAUCAGCACCUCCGCCUACCACAACAUCAACAUCAGCAGCUCCGCCUACCACAACAUCAACGACAAAUUCAACUACUACCCCAUCAGCUCCACCACCAACAUCCACCCAGAAACCAUGUGUUCCUUGCGUCAUUCCUCCAAACUGCCCUGUUCCACAGCCAUGCCCGGCACAGUGCCCAUCACCAUGUCCUCCAACAACAACAACCAUCCCAACAACAGAAGCACCUUUAACAACAGAGAAACCUCUCCCUUCUACCACAAAACCGCCCCCUCCAGUCACACAACCAAAGCCUCCUUCCACUACGAAGCCGCCACAGACUACAGAAAAGCCAAGUCCGGUUGUAUUGACAACAACUCCAACGCCAAAGGUUGUCUUAACAACAACCCCAAAGCCUCCUCUUGUUUUUACAAGUAAGUUAAUACAGUGCCAUUUUUUGUGGGAUUUUGUUCUGACUGUGCAAAAUUGAGAAAUCUAGGAUUUUUUUCAGAAGAAUUUAAAAAUUGGGAGUGGUUUUGACAGUUGUCAUUCCUGCGAGGAAAUGAUUCAACUACCACAAGUGACUAAAUCAUCACAUAAUUAUUAAAAUGUAAUUUUGCACUUGUCUCCAUUAAAUUGCUGUUGAGUUAAUACCAACCUUCUGUUGUUUGUCAUCAUUUCAUUAUGUCGAGCUGUUUUUAAGGCUUUGUCACCUGUCAGAAAUUUAACCCUGACUGGCUUCAGUUCUUCAUUAAGGGUUAAAAAAUCAUUAUUAUUGAUGUUUUGAUUAAACACUGGCUAAUAAUUUCUUUUGUAAUUUUUUAAUCAUAGCUCCAAAGCCUCCAGGUAAGAAAACUAAUACCUAAUACUCCAAAUGUUUUCUUAGUAUUAUAAUUAUUUUUGUGUUUUUCCUAAUUUGUGUGUUCUUGCUGUUUAAUUGAGCUUUCAAAUUGGAUAAUAUUAUUGCAACAUCAAUAAGAUUAUUUUUGACUGAAAUGCACGUGUUGUUAUUCCAUGCAAAAUUCUAAAAUUUUCUUAUUUUCUUUUGGCACUUCAUGAAAAGCCCUUAUAAGUCAUGUUUGACAUAAUUUUGAUAAGUACAUUGUAUCUUAAUACAAUUUUGAGAUUCUAAAGUAAGAGUUAGUGCACUGCAAUGUACAUGUAUGUUAUAUGAAUUGAACUUCAUAAGUCUUGCAAUGACAUGUUCCAAACUCCAGCUCAUACUCAGAACCAAAAUUUAAUUAGAAUUUGGUCAACUGAUGUUUUAUAUUUACAAGAGAUGGACAAACUCUGUGGGUAAAUGGAGAGAUCAUUAUAACAUCAUUUGUUAUUGUUUUAGUUACUUUUACAUUUUACACAUUCUAGUAAAUGGCAACUACACUGCGUGGAGUGCAUGGGAGGAAUGUUCAGCUACUUGUGGUGGUGGAAUACAGCAAAGAGUGAGAACAUGCACUUAUCCAUCACCUGCAAAUGGAGGAAAGGACUGCACGGCACUGGGACCUGCAGUGGAAACAAAGGAUUGUAAUUCACAGCCUUGCCCAAGUGAGUAUUCAAGGUUGUACAUGUGCUCAGAGACAAAUUACACGUACACGAAGCCCAAUGCUUUGACCUGGGGAAUCCAGGGUACCCAGAACAAUAAUUGAUAAUAAUUGAUGAUAAUUAUCUUGUGAAAAAAAACAAGAUUUCCAAGUCGUCCAAGAUCAAAAAUAAGGUGCAAGGAACCAUGAGGACAAUAAAAUAGUAUAAUGGGUUGGUGGCUCAAAUGAUGAAAAUAAUGUCGACAGUAUAAAUACAUAAUGUUAGUGUUUUAAAUUAUCAAAACUUAUAGAUAAAAGAGGCGGUGACUGUGCAUGUUUGUCUGUAUGUCAUUUAUUUGUUUAAUAAAAUUUAUUGCCUGCUUGCGGUCGUGUUGUGCCAUUUCAGUUGAUGGUGGGUACAGCAACUGGGGUUCCUAUACAUCCUGCAGUGCAACUUGUGGGGGAGGGGAACAGGUUAGAACAAGGCAGUGUAACAACCCCACCCCACAGUACAAGGGAAAAGACUGUAAAUGGAUUGGACCAGCAAAUGAAACAAGAGCCUGUAAUACCUUCUACUGUCCAAGUGAGUUGGUAACUAGUGUUUGUUGAAAUAACUGUCAUUGUUGUAACACUGGACUGGAGGCUUAUUACUUUUACAUCAUGUAUCUUGUCAGCUUAAGAGAGAUCAUGGUUCAUAAUGGAUAAAAUGUUGCCAUCACUUUUCUUCUGGUCAUCCUAGUGCAGCUUACCAGACCUAAUUUAUUUCUGUUUUUUUUGCAUCGUCCUAAACUUGCCAACCUUACAGACAAUGCAGUUGCAUUGAAUGUGUUCUGCAAUUCAUAAGCAAACUCUUUUUUCAGCGAAACCAGUAUUUCCUCUGUCUCCUACAGUUUGUAUGAAUAAUAAUUAGGGCUGAAAGACAAAAGAAAUUAUGAAUCAAACCGGGUUAAUACCUGCCUUCAAUGGAGAAUGGAUUUAACCUACAACAUGUAAUUAUUAUAUUUAAUUAUGUAAAGUAUGCAAAAUGUUACUGUAAAUGCACUUUUGAUUACUUCCUUGUUAAGAACAAGCCUUAUGCAUAAAUGAUUAUUAUCUUAACGCACAAUCCUGGGCUUCUCUAUUUUCAUAUUCACCUCUGUCGAUCUUUCAUCAGAAACUUGUGGCAACAAAUCCAAUACAGCUUUUGUCGAGUCCCACCUUCCCAGACCAUGGAUUCUGUAAUUGAAGGGUUUUUAAUAAAUGUUACAAUGUAGCAACUUAUUCUUUUGUUACGAUGUUUUUUUCAGUUGAUGGAAAUUACACCGAAUGGUCAGAAUUCCAGGCUUGCAGUGUGACUUGCGGCAAAGGGAUUCAGGCUCGCUCAAGAAGUUGCACUAAUCCACCUCCUCAGCAUGGGGGAAAGAAUUGCUCGGCUUAUGGGCGCCCUGUGGAAACAAAGGAGUGCAACUUAAGAGAAUGUCCAAGUAUGGAUAUUAGCAAGUUUUUGCUUUCUGUUAAUAUGUAGCAUCCACUCCCAAAAAAUAGUAUAGUUGAUUUUUUUAAAUUUAGAAGUUUAUUAGCAGUUCCUUUAAUUUUCACUCUCUGAAAGAUCUCCCCAACCUUAGAGACAAUGAUACAGUGUAUUUUGUGGAUAAAAUGGAGAAAUAAUGUUCACUUAUUAUAAUUUUACAUGUAUAAAUCAUGGCUGAAUUAGACACAGGUAAGAUGAGGCAAAUCCUGCAUUUUGCAAGUAGGUUGGCUACCACAGUGGGGUAAGAUGGGUCCAUAUCACCCACUUUGAAUUGGCUGCAUUGGUUCUGCAACAAAAAGGUUCUCUUUGUAGCCAUAAUAAUAAAUCCCUUUUUGACCAAGCUUGUUGGGUCAAAAUGGCUAGAUAAUUGGACCUCACACUAGAUUAAUAACAUAAUAAAUUAUAACCAAGGAAUACAUUAACAUGAUUUUGCUACUUUGUUUUCUUCAGUUGAUGGCGGUUACUCUCCAUUUACCAACUGGUCUGACUGCACUGAAACUUGCGGAGGAGGAGAACAAAUAAGAACUCGGACAUGUACCAACCCUCCUCCUCAACACUUUGGAAAGGAUUGCUCCAAGGAUGGACCUGAUUACGAAAAAAGGAAAUGUAACACUCAAGAAUGUCCAGGUAAGCUGGAGUUUAUAAAAGCUCAGUGGCGCAGAAUGAUCCCAACACAAAGCUGGGUAAAAGAGUUUUUGUUUUUUACUAGAGUUUGUGGAGAUCAUGGUACCCUGGUAUGUGAAAGUUAGUAAACUGUUUACAUCUACAAACCAUGAUCCAUACGCAUCCAUGGGAAUUGUAGAACUAAAAUGAAAAAUCCAAGGAUCAUGCUUUAACCCUUUAAGCCCUAAGAUCCACAUACAAAUUCUCCAGACUGAUCUCCAUACAUUUCUUUUUAAGAAUAGUUGAGAGAAUUUGGUUUAAGAUCAAAGCAUUCUCCCUUUGGUAACCAAUUUAGUAAUUCUCAUAACCUUUACUCUUGAAGAUCUGCGGAUGUUGUUAGGAGAAAAUUGAUGUUGGUCACUCUUGGGACCUAAAGGGUUAAUGCUACUCUAGGUGGUUUUCAAUUCAAAAGACAUUAAAGUUUUUGUAAGGUGAAAAUAAUUACAUUAAAAAAGCAUGUAAUUAUAAAACACACUCUACAAAUGACAUCUGAUGAUUGCUAAUUGCCAACAUCAAGUCUGGUACAUUUGCAUUGCAUAUGUUACAGGUCAGCAAAAACUUUUCAUUGUGGUACAUUAUUCAGUAUGACAAAAUUAAUGGUUUGUUUCUUUUUCUUUCAGUGGAUGGUGGUUUUACACCCUACUCCAACUUCUCUGCUUGUAGUAAGACCUGUGGAGGUGGAAUCCAGUCUCGCAUGCGAUCCUGCUCAAACCCUCAACCACGUUAUGGUGGGAAGAACUGUACUGGAGACUACAAAGAGGCACGCGAGUGCAAUACACAGCCUUGUCCAAGUAAGUUUGUUUUAUGAGGCACAUAAUGAAUUGGAUCUAAUGAUUCAAAAGUCUGGGAGUAAUGAAGGGGUGGCAUAUCUGGAAAAAUACACCAAUGCCACAUGGACUGGACAACAACAUAACUGUGUCUGGAUUUGUACUCUUUAGUGACUGACUUGCACACAUGUAUGGGCCCAGUUGUUCGAACGCCAGUUAGCGCUAACCCGGAGUUAAAUUUUAACCCAGGUUUCUCUAUGUUUUUAUCAAAAGCACUCUCUUGGAUAAUUUUUUCUCUUCUUUUUAGAGUAACCAGUCGUCAAAUUGUAGGCAAAGAGAAUUAAACUGAAUUUCUUUAUGAAUACAGGCUGUAGCUAAUGAAUAGCUGACAACUUGGCAUUUGAUUAUUGGUUUUGAUUUCUGUGUCUUAAAGUUGAUGGAGGUUAUGAUGAAUGGGGAAACUAUUCUGAAUGUUCUGCAACUUGUGGUGUUGGAAAUCAGGUGCGGAUGCGCACUUGCACCAAUCCGGUACCACAGCAUGGAGGAAAGCCUUGUAUGGGCUCACAUUCUGAGUCCAGAGAAUGCAAUACACAGCCCUGCCCAGGUACUUCUGUAAUACUAUACUGAUGUUCUACCUUACAGAUUUUUUUAAGCGAAGUUGGGUUAUUAAAGUUCUUUUUUUGAAUACUUACAGUAUUACUAAGAAAUGAAUCGUAUAAAUUAAUGUGUUGCGACAGACUUUUCUAGACACUUCCCCUAUCAAAUUGAAGAGUAUUCGCAAAAACAGAGUUCUGGUGUUGCUCUUGUUUAGGGGACUUAUUUGAACUGUAUACUAAGUGUCAUAAAUCAAACCCAACAUUCUUUUAAUGGUUAAAGUAGAUCAUUCUGAUUAUAUGAUAAGACAGGUAGACAAGGAGAAAUUAUAUCAACUCAAACAAAUUUGCAUCUGUAACUUCCUGAUUACCAGAUUGAUAUUAUUUGUAAUUUGGAAACAUGCAUUAUUUUACAUCUUAAGUGCUAAAUUUUUUGGCCCAAAAUUUAUACAGUCAUGUCUCUCCCACCAAAUGCCCCAGCACUGAGGAGUGAGGAGAUACAGUGUAUGGCUGAAUUCACUGGAUACAAAAAGGAUUUUAAAACAUCAAAAUUUUAAUCGUAAUCAAUCCUGAAUUUUUCAGGUUUUUUGGAUGGUUUAGGUUAUUCAUUUAUUAAAUAAAUAACCUAAACCAUCCAAAAAACCUGAAAAAUUAAAAAAACAACAAGGAAGAACAUAAAAAACGUUUUAGGUUAUGACUGGUCUUUUUUCAUGUUAGGUAAUGGUGGAUAUACACAAUGGACAGAGUUUUCUUCAUGUAGUGUAACAUGUGGUGGUGGAAUGCAACAAAGAACUAGAGAAUGUACCAAUCCUGCACCAUCAAAUGGAGGCAAAGAUUGCAACCUGCUUGGACCGGCAUUUGAAUCAAGAAACUGCAGUUCUAACCCUUGCCCAAGUAAGACUUUGUUUAAUAUUGUACCUUGGUCAAAGUUUUAUCGGAUUAGUUAAAAUGUUCCAUGGGUGUCUUUGUUACUUAGCUUUACUAACCAAAAUUGAAGUAUGCCUGGCUAAGAUUAGUAAAUUAAUGUAAAGUGGCAAGCACAGAGUUGUCACUAAGAUUUCAAGUUGUCGGGUAAACACAACAAGUAGGCGGGGAAUCAAACGGCUAGGGAUUUCUUUUGGUUCCAUUUUUCUUCUAUUUUCCAAUAAAAGUAGCCGGGGGCCACUCUCUUAGUAGCGGGGGAAAAUCCCCGGUCCCCGGCUCUUAAUGACAACCCUGCAAGCAUCUCAUGGAUUCCAGCUUACAUUCACAGUUGAUGGUUUGGAUCUAAAGAAGUUGAUUAACUGGUCAUAUCUACGUGUAACACUAGCUGCAGUAAAAACAGUGUGAGAUUGAUCAAAAAUCACAUAAUGGUAACAACAAACUGUACUUUUUGAAGGCCACAGUGGUAAAAUGCCCAUGCAUUGGGUUGAAAAAUGUUAGGGUUUUUUUUUUUACUUUAAUUCCGAUCAUCUCAAGUUAACAUUAUCCUUGUUAAUGACUGGCUUGUACUUCAAUAUAGUCAAUGGUGGAUAUACAGAGUGGUCUAAGUGGUCAUCUUGUAGUGUUACUUGCGGAGGAGGAACUAUAAAGAGACAAAGAAAUUGCACGAAUCCUUCACCCCAGUUUGGUGGCAAAGACUGCUCUGGGAGUGGACCAGAACUCCUCACCCAGCAAUGCAAUCCACAGAAAUGCCCAGGUAAGAUAAUAAUUAUGUCCCAUGCAAAUGUCUCUAGAGGCUGGUUGGGCUUCUCUUACAGAAUACCAAAAAAUUCCGAAAAUAAGCCCCCCUAUGUAUAAGCCCCUCCAAAUAUAGGCCCCCCAAUCCGGUAACGUAAAAAAAAACCCCAUUAAAUCGCCCCUCCAAAUAAUAAAGCCCCCUGGGGGCUUGUAUUUGGAAAAUUGCCCUCAAAUACAAAGUAAAACAAAGCAAAAAUGGUAAAUUUACUUCCAACCAUAAGGCUAGCCCAAUCGACUUUGAAACACAAAUUUCCUUCCGUAGAUAAGCCCCUCCAAAUAUAAGCCCCUCAAAAAGGGCCUUUGAAAAAUAUAAGCCCCGGGGCUUAUUUUCGGAAUUUUACGGUAAUUUGAAAAUCCCCUGCUUUUGGACUGUAAGUGAGGACAGUAGAAGUUGGCCAAUAAUUAUGCCAUUUCUACACAUGAAGUACGAUGAAAACAUGUUCCACUAUUGGCUACAAAAGCUCAUAUUUGCUAGUUGUAGCUUGAUUAGGCUUUACAAUGAUAGUGAGAGCUAUAAACAUCAUUUGAUCAAAAAGCAACAUUACUAUGAAUGUUCUGGUUGUUGGUGUAUUAUUGAUUAAAUUAAUUUUUUUAAAGUCUGCUAGGGAGUAGCAUCACUUAAGAGGUACUCUUCCAUUAAAGAAUAACAUAAUGAACAACAUGGUACUUUUCAAUAAUAGUUACAGUAACGGUGAUUUGUAUUCAGUCACUACGUUCCUUCUUGUAGUUAAUGGUGCUUACUCACCAUGGAGUGAUUGGACCCCAUGCACGGUGACUUGUGGUGGUGGUGAAUCAAUGAGGACUCGUCAGUGCACGAAUCCCAGCCCAGAGUUUGGUGGUAAAGACUGUUCUUCCCUUGGCAAGUCUACAGAGAUAAUGAAAUGCAAGAAUGAUCCAUGCCCUGGUAAUAGUUUAAAUUUUGUAGCCCCAAAUGUAGUUUUACAUGUACUUUUACAACAAGUUUACUAGUUACGACUACUCAUAACAGACGAAGUAAUGGAUCAGAAGAAAAGUUGUAUUGAAACUGAAAAGUAUAAUUUAUUUACUUUACUAUUUGUAUGUUGAUCUGUAUACCUUACUCCUUGUCUGUUUCACAUUUUUAUUGUUUAGUUAAUGGUGGCUAUUCACUGUGGGGAGAGUGGACUAAAUGCAGUGUCACCUGUGGCCAAGGACAACAGAACAGGAUCAGGGACUGCAGCAACCCAGCACCAAGGUUUGGAGGAGCUGAUUGUUCCGCCUUAGGAGAACCUUUUGAGAGCAAAGAAUGCUACCUUCAAGUGUGCCCACCAGGAGGUAAUGGUAAGUGUACUCAUUUGUCUAUGCAACUGUUAAUUUCAUAUCUUUGUGAACUGUAAGUGACCAUCAACACCUGGCUUUAUUUAAAGAAGUUCCAAGUACUGUAAGCCAUUUUAAUAGCAAAGUAGAGUAACUUUACAUGGGGCCCAUUACAGCACAGCUCUUGAACAACAACACCAUAUCUUCCUUUCACACAAACAUUCUGGUGGAGAAGGAAGAAUGACAUCAGUAAUUCACAUUUACAAAUGUACUGUCUGACUCAUUGAUUUGCAAACCCUGCUCUUUUGUUAAUAUUUUUCUGAACAAUUUUUAAAAAAAAUUUAUUAAGAAACUGGCUGGUCUGAAUGUUCCAAGACAUGUGGUGGUGGUGAAAAAUUCAAGAUGGUCAAUAAUGCCAAACAAGUGUCACCAUGUAACACACUGCCAUGCCCAGGUAUGUGUUCUUUCAAUUUUGUACGUACAUGACUAUUUAUUUCACAAUUUAUAGAGGUAAUUGGGCUGGUGAAGUCCAGUUUGUCUGUAGUCAUAUAAGUGAUUUAGUAUAAUUUGGUGAGUCCAAGUGGCACAAUAACAUUGUCUUGAUGCAAAGUAUUUGCACCUGCAGAUUGUAAGGAGAUCAGUUACAUGUAAACCUUAAUUCAGAGGUCCCAGGUUGUUAUACCCUCCAGAUAGUUUUGCACUGUAGCUGUACUAGCAAUGCAUUUUGUUGAUAACGUUUCUUGCUCUCAUUCUUGCCAGUGAAUGGUGGCUUCACCCCCUGGAGCAACUGGACCGAGUGCACAUCAAGUUGUGGUGGUGGAAUCUCGUCAAGAUCACGCACUUGCACAAACCCCAUACCACUGUAUGGUGGGAAGUCAUGUGAAGGAAAGCCUGUGGAAAUUAAGGAAUGUAACUCAGAGCCUUGUCCUAAACCUAAGAGUAAGUGUCGUGGUGUUAAAAGUUUCUCACAAGUUUAACACACUUGAGGAAAAUAUCCCACCUUAAAUAAUUUACAUCUGUUUGUUGCACUUUCAGACAAUCAGUGUUAAACUAAAUUUCAUCAAGGGGGUGAACAGUGUCCAUCUUGGAAGGUCACAAAAAUGUUUGUUUGUUUGAGGCAAUGGAUAUCUUAACUUUUGCCAAUACACAAACCAUCUUACAAUGCGCGAACAGCUACAGUGUACUCGGGGAAAAUUGUUAGCGCACAUUCUGCAAGCAAAACCUAUUGGCAUCCAAUUUUCUCGAUUAAUCAACUGGAACUUAGUUUAUACCAUAAUGGUACUUUCAAACAUAGUAAUAUAAGUUUUUUCUUUUCCGUUUUCUUUUUCUUUUUAGUUCCAAUUCGCUCAUGUCGUGAGUUUGCAGAACGCUGCAACAGCAAAACAGACGGCUUGUAUACCAUCUUCUUGCAGAAGCCAAACGCAGCAGAAACAGUCAAGGUAUUCUGCGAUAUGACACAUGAUGGUGGUGGAUGGACACUGUUGGUCACCAGUGCGAGCAACAAGGGCUGGACAAAAGACAAUGUCAAAAGCAGGUAAGAAUGAUCUUAUCUUUUAUGGAUGAUAAGUUCGUGGACGAGCUUAUUCAAGAUUGUGCGAGAAAAAAACUGCAAAAAGAGUGGUACUAAAUCUGCUGACAGGAAGGAAAGAAACCGAGAAAUUGAAAAGGUUUUUGUAGAAUGAUGGUAAAAAGACGAAAAGUGUUAAUGAAACAGUGUCAAGUUGUUUUUCUGUCGUGAUAUUGUUUGGACUAAAUUAAUUCGGGCUUUUUAGUUGUAGACGACAAAGUGUGGUUAGGACAUUAAUGACCAACUCGCUUGUAGCUCUUUGGCUGCUUGUUCCGUUCGAUGUCAUUAAUUUUGUGAAAACUUUCCAACAGUAUUCUUUACUUGUGACUGUUUUUUUUUUCGGAAAGAAACGAUCUCACAUGUUGGAUUCUCUUUGAUUUUUUAUUUGAAUCGUACAACCCGGCGAAAAGUUUAUAAGAAUUCACAGUAUAGGAAUCCUUAUCCGCUGAAUUGUUCACAAUCCAAAUAAACGGAAGCUAUUUCAAUUUCGCUUUUGAUCGUGUUCUGCCCUGAAGAAUGUGAUAUGCUUUUUCUUUAGAAACAUAGCUGAGCCUUCUCUUACCAAGGACUACUCAUUGUUGGACGAGGGUGAUACAAUCAAGUCCAUUGCUAUCAGUCCAUACUUCCUUUAUCGACUGGAAGCACGAGAGAGGGGUAGCAACGGUGCCAUCUAUCAGGCACCGGAAAGUUACAGGUUUGUUUGUUUGCUUGCUUCCUUUUAAUGCUUGGUGUGCCUGUGCUUUUCUCGGCGGAAACAGCCUAACUGUCCUUUAAUAUUUCAAAAGUUUUAUUUUGAGAAUGGUGGAUAAGACGUUGCCACACUAUUCUUGUAUUGAUAUUUUUCUUGUUUCCCCCUUUGUUAGCUUCACCUCCUCAAAUUGCGCGCUCAAUGAUGUAAGUGUUGUGCAGAAGUUUGGUUCAUGGCCCGAGGGCGACAAAGGUAUUGGUAAGCGUAUGCCAUAUCUGCCCUCUGAUGGUGACUUACUGCUAUCAACUUGUGACUGUAAAAGUGGCACCACAUUUGGGACGGUGGUGUCUCAAGCCGCUGAAUAUCAUCCAGCUCACUGGACAAGUGGUGAUUCAGAGAACCCAGGCAUUAUCUGGUACUGGGUUAAAGAGUCUUCGACUAUGCUGCAAGGUAUGGUGUGCAUACUUGAAGAAUUCGAUUUGAUAAGACGUUGUUGUAACCUGUACUUGGGCUUCGCCACGUUUUUGUUUAGUUCGUGCAGCCAGAAUCUAAGCAUGCGCCUGUAUAACAGGAGCAAAGUUCAGAAUUCAAUACUUGACUAUUAUUCUACAAGGCUAGGAAAAUUUUGAAUUGUUGUACCUGCCAUAAUUUAGUGGCACAUUGAGAGUAGAAUGCGAGACCGAUGGCAUCUUUGUGUUCAAAUGACAAAGAUGCUCUGCAGAUUUAGACUUCGACAUCCCAGACUAAGCCUAAGUAAUAAAACGAUUCUAUAGAGCAAGCAGAAAACAGACCUUGUUUGCUUUGUUUUCUUGGCACCCUGCCAUAUCAAGUUAAUUAGUUUCCACUGCAGUUACUUUCUGUGAAUAGCAUUCUUCAAUGGUGUUUGAUAUUGUUCGUUUAAUUUUUUAUUCACUUCCUUUUUCUCUUUAUAGCUCCAGCUGGAGGAAAACCUGACCCCAUGUGUCCCUCUCCAGGUAUGCAAUAAGAUAUAUAAAAAAGCGUAUAGCAAGGAAGUCUGCCCCGGCCGGCUUCAUAACCAUAGGACUUUAUCAACUGUGCUGUGGACUAGACACUCUUUGGAAUAUUUUUAACAUCAAAUUUUAUUAUUCGGAAUUGGUCAUGUCGUCUUCCGAAAUCCAGGUCUUUCUAAAAGAAAAAUAUUAAGGUGUCAAUUGGGAAACGUUGACCUGUAUACUUCCCAAAAUGCGCAGUGAACCAGACCGUAAUUUCUUCUUCAUUUUGCAGUUCCAGGAGGUUAUAAUGAAUGGAGUCAGUGGUCUUCAUGUCCAGUGACUUGCGGAGGUGGUAAUCAAGUAAGGACAAGAAACUGCACAAACCCUGAACCACUCAAUGGCGGUACAGACUGCUCUGCAAUUGGCGGGAACAUGGAAAGUAAGGUCUGCAACCCGCAAGCGUGCCCAGGAGUGAAAGGUAGGAAAGUAACAGUUUUAGAAUUAUGUAUUGACUGUUGAUCUAAAAUGAGUAAUUUGAUACUUUGAUACAAUUUGAUACGUAAUUUUGCCUUAAGCACUUUGGUGUGGAAACAAGAGAUCGUGUGGUGUCCGUUUCGUGACCCGCAGGCUCCUAACGGUUUAACCAGUUCUAAAUAGAUUUACAAUCGUCACCUAUAAUGUCCUUCAGUAAUUUACUGCCAAGCGGUGGCACUAAAUUCAUAGCCAAUAGCCCUCAUUAGAGAAGUGUUCGUUUUUCAGGGAUACAAAAUAUCUAAAGCAGUAUAUGUCUUAACCUACUUUUUUUUAAAAACGGACUAACAAAAGAUGCCUGUCACCAACUUUUCACAUCCUGUCCACAUUUUUGUUUUUGAUUCACUCACUUGACAAUUGCACAUGAGUUUUUUUUUUUGUAUGGUUUUCCUUGUCAGCCUUUUUUCCAGGCUUGUGUUAACUCAUCUGGACAAACGUUUUCUUUGAUAGUUGAUGGAAAAUACACCGAGUGGAGUCAGUGGUCAGAAUGCACAGCAACUUGUGGAGGAGGAACCCAAACACGCCAUCGCUCCUGCACUAAUCCUCCACCUCAGAAUGGCGGGAAAUCCUGUCUUGAUCAAGGACUUGGUCCAGAGAUUGAGACCCAAAGCUGUAAUGUCCAACCUUGUCCAAGUAAGUUACACUGUUGUUGAAAUUUAUAGAACGUUUUCACUCAAGUGGCACUCAGCUAUGCAAUUAACUGCAACAAAAGAAAGCGUUUACAUUCGAAAAGAGUUCAACUCCCAUAGGAUUGGUUUUUAGCAUCAACAUGGCCGCCGUUUCAUUGGUUUGGGACACCAAUAUGGCCGCCGUGACGUCAUGUGUGUGAAAAGGGUAUAUAAAUAUAUAACUCAAGAAUGCUUCAAGUGUCACAUUUAUGCCUUUAUGCCUUCCUGCCUUCCAAGUCCGUUGUAGAGAUAUGUGACCUAGUUCUUUAACUCCUGAAUCUCUGGAUGGAAUCCUACAUUGAUACCCUUCAAAUGAAACCUCUUCACCAAUACUUUCACAUGGAACCAUUUUGUAGCACGUACAGUGUGGUUCUAAUUCGUCAGUCCGUGGAUGAAAUCCUGAUAUCUUCAAUGGUACUUUCACGUGGUGCUCGUAUUUUGCAUUUUUUGAAGUAACUAACAAUUUUAAAAUCUAGUUGUUGCUUUCACUGAUGGUAUUUUCAGGGAGUUCUAACUCUUGACAAAAUAGAGUACUAAAGUGUGACGUCAUAAAAAUGAAAUUUCUGAAAUUAUGGGAUUUGUCACGAUAUUCUGAAAGAACAAUGUCCAAGAGGCCUACUUGCCAAAAAUGAGCAUUUGGGGGCAAAUUGUCGCUGAGAUCGUAGCCCAGUUAUGCUUACAAAACUCCAUACAAACCCUUCUAAAUUUUUUUGGGGUCGACCUGAAAAAAAAUUAGAAGGGUUUGUAUGGAGUUUUCUGAGUAUAACUGGGCUACGAUCUCAGAGACAAUUUGCCCCCAAAUGCUCAUUUUUAGCAAGUAGGCCUCUUGGACAUUGUUCUUUCAGAAUAUCCUGACAAAUCCCAUAAUUUCAGAAAUUUCAUUUUUAUGACGUCAUCACUUUAGUACUCUGCAAGAAAUAGCUUGAUAAAUACAGAUUACCAUAAAAUUACACACCCUAAGAGCGUAAUAUGAACUCCUCGCCGGAAAAUCCUGUCUGUAAAAAAACGCAUGGCAACGAACAAUACUACACAGGAGAUCUCGCUUUCCGAAGACUAGAUUAGGAUUGUGUGGUGCUGUAGUUUCGUGUUCACUUAAGUUCAUGUUAUAUAUUACUUUUCUAGGCGUUUGUGUACCAGCUUGUCAAAAUGGUGGCACUUGUGUAAAUUCCAAGUGUCAGUGUAGUCAAGGGCUUUAUGAAGGAAACUACUGUCAAACAGGUAAGAAGGUUUAAGGACAAUUUGCGAACUUUUACUAUUAUUUGUUUUGACUUCUGAUAGGUUUAUCUAAACGCCUUCGUCACAACAAAGUCAAUUAAGAACGUUUCACUUAGGUACACCUUGCUAUCCUAAACAAUACUCUUAGUUCGGGCGAUUCAAAAUCCACACAAGUCCUUACCUAUAGAAAAGAGAUCGAAUACAAGAUAAAUAAUUUUUUAGCAAUAGUUGCCAUACACAUGAUAAGCUUAAGCGACAAGUGACAAUGCCAAAUCUAGAAAGGACUACCACUACGAGGCACUUCAGAGAACCGAAAGUUUACAAUAUCUCGAGUCCGUUAAGUCUUAUGUUUGGUAGUGCGUUCUGGUGCAGGUCUAAGAUUAUACAGACCAUUGAUUACCCUAGUUUUGAGACAUAAGACUGACAGUAGAUGUGCAUAACCCACUAUUUUCUUAUCUCAUGCAGCCAUUUGUAAGAUCCCUUGUCAAAACGGUGGAACAUGCGUUAAACCCAACCAGUGUCAAUGCCCGCCCGGGUACAGGAAUAUUUCUUGUGGCCAACGUGAGUAUACACUUCCGCUAUUGGCACUGAGUGCAGUGAUUUUGUUAAAAAUUGCUAUGGUGAGUCCUGGGACUCAUUUCAUGAAAAGUCGUGAGUCCCAGUGCAAAAUCAUUGAGUUCCAGUCGAAAACCGAUGAUAUUAUUGGGAUAUUUUCGUGGGAUCCCUCCAUUUAUUCGAUCAGAAUUUAUUACUUCUGGACCCUUUUUUAACCGCAGAUAACACUGCUCUCUCGACAUAAAAUACGUUUUUAGUACAAAUUGAAAGUCACAAACAGGAUACUUCUUCAAAAUCAUCUUUAGGUCGCUCGAUUGUUCUUAGCACCCUAACGGACGAUGGCGUUAAAUAUUUUUGCGCCCUUGGAGACUUUUGCGUCAGGGUCUUGGGACAGGAAAUUAGAAAAUCACUGCUGAGUUUUGUUUUAUAUAUAAUAAAUAACUGACGUAUAAUCGGUCACUUGCUUUGUCUAUUUCUACAGCUGUUUGCCAGAAAUUCUGUCAAAAUGGUGGAAAAUGCAUUGCUCCAAACAAGUGCCAAUGCCAACCGGGAUAUUCUGGACAGUGGUGUGAAAUUUGUAAGUACCUACAGGUUAUAUACCAGCGGCUUAAUAUUUUUUAAGAGUCGAGGUCUUCACAGCCCUAUUCACGCAAACAAGUCAGUAUUUGUGUGGAAGUUUCACCUAAAGAGAAGCGUACUGUUUUAAUUUGCAUACCAUAAGAGCGCCAUUUUUAAACUCCUUUGAUUAGGCCAUUUACACGAUGGCCACAUUUUAUUACGACGACCAUAGAAUCCUUAUCGUUUUCUCUUUCGUAUUUAAAUUUGGUAAUCCCAGCGAGGUUUAGAUAACAAAAGCCCUAGUUUGCAUAAGUAACCAAAACCCUGAAGGAUUCUGGUCGCAGUAGUAAAUGACGUCAUCAUGUCCUAUGAACGAUUGGUUGCCUAGGGUCAUACGGUGUUUUAUCUCAAUACAUCCUCUUUUUCGUGCGGCGCGAUUUAAGGGGAUCAUCUAAGCGUCAUGAAGUAUCGCUGACUUAUCUCCCUAGGAUCGAAAAAUAUACUUCUGGGCCGAGUUGUUCAAAGCUGGGUAAAGAUAACCCAGGGUUAGUGCGAGAUUUGAAUUCAGAUUUCAAGGCUUAAAAAGCAUUUCAGUUUUAAUUCUUUUUGUCUACAAGGUGAUGAUUGGAAGCUCUAAAAAUAACACAGAAAAUUAUCCGAGAAAAUACUUUUGAACAUAAGAAAAAGGGGACCGGGUUAACUUUAACCCCGGGUUAAGCGCUAAUCGGCCUUUGAACAACUGGGCCCUGAAAACUGACACUUGAUUGGCUUUGUUAUUUUUCAGCUACCUGCAAACCAGACUGUCUUAAUGGUGGCACCUGUGUUAAUAGUCAGUGUCGCUGCGCUGCCGGUUAUUCAGGACCUUACUGCGGCAUAGGUAAG